AUGGUUACCGAGGAAGAGAUCAAUGAAAGAUCUGACGACAAUGGCUAUCUUUGGUGCGUUGAAGAAGGAGAAAUUGGUGAAAUCUUAUGCGCCCUUCCCGCACUGAAUGUUAGUGAACGCCUUAAUAUGGAGGAAGCAGGCCUCCACAAUGUCGUCGUUGCGGCUGAGUUGGUUAUGGCAGCCGCCGAAGAAGUCGAUGUUUCAAAGGGAGAGAUGGAGCAAAAGGUCAAUGUUUCAAAGGGAGAGAUGGAGCAAACGGUCGAUGCGAUUGGCGAAAAUACCAAAAACACAAAGUUAGGUCGUCGUUCUAGGAUGGAUGAAUUGGAUGAUGCGGCUGGAGCCUCCGGUUCUACAGCCAUCGGUUCGGCAGGAGAAGAGGAGCCAGCUAAGAAAGCAAAGAAGAAAGGAACUUCUCAAUUGCAUGCACCGCCUCAAGGUCCUCCUAAAUGUAACAUAUGUCGGAGAGACUUUAUUUCUUGGAAGGCUGUCUUUGGCCACUUAAGGGCGGCGCACAAGGACCAUGGUUAUCAAAGCUUCCUUCCUUCGCCCACAUUCAAUUCGACUGAGGAAGGAUUUGGUGUGGUCGUUUCUGCUUCUGUUUCUUCAGCUGGUGGGGCGCUUGGUUUUGGCAUCGGGGGAUUAGGGAUAUUUGAAUGUUGA